GCAAACUGAAUAAGCAAUGGAGGAAGUAGUGAAAGUGAAGGUGGAAGAAGAUGGCAUUCCGACGGCCGUGCUGCCUAUGGAAGGGUUGCACGACGUUGGUCCGCCACCAUUUCUGAGCAAAACUUAUGAAAUGGUGGAAGAUUCUUCAACUGAUGAAGUCAUAUCGUGGAGCACAACAAGGAAUAGCUUUAUUGUUUGGGAUUCUCACAAGUUUUCCACCACAUUGUUGCCUAGAUUUUUCAAGCACAGCAAUUUUUCCAGUUUCAUUCGGCAGCUUAACACAUAUGGAUUUAGAAAGGUGGAUCCUGACAGAUGGGAAUUUGCGAAUGAAGGUUUCCUGGGAGGGCAGAAGCAUCUUUUGAAGACGAUAAAGAGGAGGAGGAAUGUUGGUCAAAGUAUGAAUCAACAAGGAUCCGGCGCUUGCAUUGAAAUUGGUUAUUAUGGGAUGGAGGAGGAGCUAGAAAGAUUACAGCGGGAUAAAAACGUGUUGAUGACUGAAAUAGUUAAACUUAGGCAGCAACAGCAGAGUACGAGGAAUCAGAUCAUUGCCAUGGGAGAAAAAAUCGAAAGCCAGGAGAGGAAACAAGAGCAGAUGAUGAGUUUCUUAGCAAAGAUCUUCAGCAAUCCAACUUUUCUCCAGCAGUACUUGGACAAACAUGUGCAGAGAAAAGAUAAACAACGUAUUGAAGUUGGACAAAAGAGGAGACUAACGAUGACCCCCAGUGCUGAGAACCUUCAAAAUGUAGCCACAGGAAGUGAUCAUCAGCCAAUGAAUUACUCCUCACACCAAGAGCGUGAAGCUGAGCUUGCAAGUAUUGACAUGUUAUUCUCUGCUGCAAUGGACAAUGAAUCAAGCAGCAAUGUCAGGUCGGCUUCUGUUGUGACAGCAAAUGGCACAGAUAUGGAACCAGGGCCUGAAGAUAUUUGGGAAGAGUUGCUCAGUGAAGAUCUUUUAUCCGGGGAUCAAGCAGAGGAAGUACUGGUUGUUGAACAACCUGAAUUCGACGUGGAUGUUGAAGAUCUUGUUGCAAAAACACCUGAAUGGGGUUAAGAUGCAGAUAUACUACUACUUUCGGAAAGCAAGGUUUGAGGCAGUCUCUAGCAGCGCAUGUUUACAAGUAAUGCCAGUUAACAGCUUUUUAUUUCUUAGUUAAGUCUGGAGGAAUGACUACUGUAUAUUCAUGUUCAUGUAUAUAAUAAUGUCUUUUAAAUGAUGUGAUGUAUCU